GUUCCGUUUUCCGCGCGAUACUGCCUCACCUGACACAUGACAUCUCCGGCGCUUCAAUCGUCUCGUUGCAGUGAGCCUUGUACUAUUCGUAACAAAUGUCCUUGACAAAUUUAUUGCCUGCUCCCACCCAAGUGGUGUGGGACAGAGAGGAUGAGGCACGUGAACAAAAAUUGCGCCAGCGACCUGUUUCAGCACUGGUCAAAGCUGUCGUCACCGCUCCGCCUUAUGGACAACGACGAGGAUGGGUGCCGCGCAAUCCAGAAGACUUUGGGGAUGGAGGAGCUUUUCCCGAGAUUCAUGUUGCGCAGUAUCCACUUGGAAUGGGAAUGAAGGGCAAGGAAACGACAAGCAAUGCCUUAGCAGUGCAACUUGAUGCUCAAGGAAAAAUAAAGUAUGACCUGAUAGCUAGACAAGGCCAUGGUAAAGACAAGAUUGUAUACAGUAAAUUGAGCGACUUGUUGCCGUCAGAAAUUACAAACGAGGAAGAUCCUACUUUGCAACGGCCAACCGAUGAGGAAAUUGACGAGCUCACGGACAAGACGAAGAAAGCUUUGGAAAAGAUAACGAGAUCAAAAAUCGCGGCGGCCAUGCCUGUGAGAUGCGCAGAGAAACAAGCGCCAGCUCAGUACAUUCGCUACACACCGUCGCAGCAAGGGCAGUCAUUCAACUCAGGCGCAAAGCAACGGGUGAUCAGAAUGGUGGAGGCACAAGUGGAUCCUUUGGAGCCACCAAAGUUCAAAAUCAACAAGAAGAUUCCGAGAGGCCCUCCGUCCCCGCCAGCACCUGUCAUACAUUCUCCUACCAGGAAAGUGACGGUGAAGGAGCAAAAGGAAUGGAAAAUUCCACCGUGCAUAAGUAACUGGAAAAACGCAAAGGGUUAUACAAUUCCGUUGGACAAGCGUCUUGCCGCGGAUGGCCGCGGCUUGCAACAAGUUCACAUCAACGAGAACUUCGCCAAACUAGCGGAAGCUUUGUACAUCGCCGACAGGAAAGCCCGUGAAGCCGUCGAGAUGCGGGCGCAGUUGGAGAAGAAACUGGCUCAGAAGGAGAAAGAGAAGAAGGAGGAUCACUUGAGACAACUCGCCCAGAAAGCCAGAGAGGAGCGCGCUGGCUUGAAAUCCGCUACGGCAUUAGAUAAAGCCGAGGAGUCGCGCGAGAGGGACCAGCUCAGACAAGAGCGGCACAAAGAUCGCGCUCGUGAGCGCAAUUUGGCGCGCGCCGCGCCCGACAAACGGUCUCGUCUGCAACGCGAGCGUGAGCGCGACAUCAGCGAGCAGAUCGCUCUCGGCUUGCCCGCGAAGAGCAUCCCGAACACCGGGGAGGCGCAGUUCGAUCAGCGUCUCUUCAACACCAGUAAAGGCAUGGACAGCGGUUACGGCCACGACGACGAGUACAACGUAUAUGACAAGCCGUGGAAGGACAGCAACUGCUUCGCUUCGCACAUUUAUCUUCCCAGCAAGAACAUCGAUAAAGACACUUACGGCGACGAUCUUGAGAAAUUGGUCAAGACAAACAGAUUCGUUCCCGACAAGGAGUUCAGCGGAACCGACCGAUCGGCCACGCGUUCCGGACCGGUGCAGUUCGAGAAAGACGAGGAGGAUCCAUUCGGUUUGGAUCAGUUCUUGAAGCAGGCCAAACGCGCCAGCAGUUCCACCACGACGACAAAUAAGCGAAGCAGGGAUGAUCGCGACAAGAGAGAUGAUCGCGAGAAGCGGAGGAAGCAUUAGGCAUUCGACGGUACACAAUGCAUUGAGUGUGUAAUUAUACAUAAUUGUUGCAACACAAUUAUUAAGUAUCUGCCUGAUAUCGGAAUCUACGGGACUCCGAUCCAAGUAUGUUUUAGGAAAUUUUGUUAUAAAAUUAUUUUUAUUAAUCGCAUAUUAUAUAUCGUUAAUUAUAUAGAGUCAUAUGCACGUGCGGGGCUUUCCGUGCGCACGCUGUAUCAAAUACCGAAAUAUUAAGAUCAAUACACAAAAUAAUACAAGAUAAAUUAUAUAGAUGGUAAUCUUGUAAAAUAAUCUUGUAAUGUAAUCGUGCAUACUUUUUUGUAAUAAAACGAUGUUCCUGUCAGGGA